GACCAAAACUUGAUUGACCUUCUGGAAGCCCUGAACAUCACAAGAUCUAUAAAGGGAGUGAGCAGAAGUAAAGGUUUGGAGCCGGGGCUCCCAGCUUGGAAGUUCCGUAACCGUGUGCCACACCUCACCCUGCCACGGGAUUAUGCCAUCUACUUCCUCACCUCCAUGCAAGGGUCCAUCGGCUUCCACUUUGUGGCAAAGCAGAGCAGGAACUCAGAGGGGACAGUGAUCUCCUUCACCUCCCCCACCACCACCAGGAAGGAUGGACGGCCACUUCUGCAACUCGUGUCCAGUACCAGAAGCAACCAGCUCCGAUUGGAUUACCGGACUGUCCACAACAUGGAGCCAGCAUCUAUCAUCUUCCCCGGAGGGACCCCUUUUGGCAACGGGCAAUGGGGCAGAGUGGCCUUCAACCUGGAGGCUCAGAAGAUAACGCUUUUCAUCGACUGUGAGGAAGACAUCAUAUUCGAGAAGAAUAUGGGGGAUGAUGUCAUCAGUCUGAUUCUCCCCAUCGACUUGGAGAUUCACUUCUCCAGUACUGUGGGAGACCGAGGCAGCAAGUUCACGGGUUACUGGCAAACAGCAGAAAUCUCCCCCAGUGGAUUCCUUCGCCGCCCAUGGCAUUGUGACAAUCUACCAGGUGAGGAGAAGACUUUCAGUGAGGAUGUCUCCCCACGUCCAUUGCCCUUGUCUGACAGCCACUACCAGCAACAGCAGAGUGAUGCUGAGGAUUCCCUGCUGAGCCACAAUCUACCAUCCAGAAGCCCAGGGCAACGUUUGGAAAAGCUGGAGGAGAUGGUGACCUCACUCAGCACAAUGCUGGACAUGCUCAAAGCUCAGAACUUGGAACUACUGGAGCGAGUCAAGCAUCUGGAGACAUGUGAAUGCAGAAAGCCCAUGUGCUCUUGGCAGGGGAGGGAGUAUGAGGAGGGACAGUCGUGGGACCAGGACCCAUGCAGCAGCUGUGCCUGUACCAAUGGAGAGGUACAUUGCUCAAAGCGGGAUGGUUGCAGCUACAAGGGACAGACUUUCCAGAACGGUGACUCAGUUGUUGUUGAUCGCUGCACAUCCUGUGUAUGUUUGAAUGGAAAUAUCCAGUGUCAGGGAGUCACCUGCACUCACCUCACCUGUUUGGACCAGUACAAACCAGCUGGGGAAUGCUGCCCCAUCUGUCAGCCAGGCUGUGAAUAUGAAGGGAAGCAGUAUGUCAAUGGGGACAUUUUCUUAUCAAAUGUUAACCCCUGCAUGAACUGUUCAUGUGUGAAUAGCCUAGUGAGAUGUGCCCCCCUGCGGUGCCAAGCUCCAUUGUGUUCACAGCCCAUCCAGGAGUCCGGUCAGUGUUGUCCUGGCUGCCCAGGGUGUAAACUGGAUGGAGCCACCUUAGACCACGGCCAGACAUUCACUUCACCAGACGGCUGUCGGACAUGUGUAUGUACGGAAGGGCAAGUCAUGUGUGAAGAGAAGCAGUGUCAGAACAACUGCAGAAAUCCUGUCCCACCGCUGCAUGGGACCUGCUGCCCCCUGUGUGUUGGUUGUUCUAUUGAUGGACAGGAAUAUCUGAAUGGGGAGAAGGUACCCACUGGAGAUCCAUGUGCAGACUGCAGAUGUCUGGAUGGAGACCUUCACUGUGAACCAGUAACCUGUCAGCCUGUGGCCUGCAAGGAUCCCCUGCAAGAACCAGGGAAAUGCUGCCCCAGGUGUGGGCAGUGCAAGUACAAAUCUCAGACCUUCAGUGAUGGACAGCUCUUCACGCCUCAGUCCAAUCCCUGCCUGAGGUGUCGUUGUGAGGCUGGCAAUGUGUCAUGUGACCGAAUGGACCGUAAUUGCCCACCUGUUCGCUGCAGUCAUCCAGCCAAUCUGGUUGGACAGUGCUGCCCAUCAUGUGACAUGUGCGAGUAUGAGAGUGUCCUGAUUGGCAAUGGCCAGAUGUUUCAUCCCACUUUUGGUGGACCCUGCAUUCAGUGUACCUGCUCAAACGGAAAUGUACGAUGUCAGGAGGAAAUCUGUCAUCCGCUGACCUGCAAUAACUCGUUCAAAGAUCCAGACCAGUGCUGCCCCACGUGUAAAGUGUGUAUCGUACAGGGGCUAGAGUAUGAAGAUGGAGCAGAGUGGGAUCUGGAGGAGAGCCAGUGCACCACUUGUACCUGCGUUAAUGGUAACAUCACCUGCAGACCUAGGCAGUGCCCGCCUGUCUCAUGCCAACAUCCAAGCUCAAACAACAGAGGUUGCUGCCCAUCUUGUAACCAAUGCACAUAUAACAAGCGACACUACAGGAACGGGCAGGAGUUCAUUGACCCAGACAGUCCGUGCCAGAACUGUCACUGCCAGAGUGGGACAGUGCGCUGCACUCCGACUGAAUGCCCCCAAAUCACCUGCACCAGGCCGGAGAGGAAGGCAGGUCAAUGCUGCGCAAAAUGUCCAGACUGUGUGUUUGAGGAGCGAGUAUUAUUGGAUGGCCAGCAGUUCCCUAACCCCCUGAACCCAUGCCAGGAAUGCACCUGUUUGAAUGGCCAGGUGACCUGUGAGAAGAAAGAUUGUAUCAGCGCCCUGUGCUCCUACCCACUGUCUGGAUCCUGCUGUCAGAACAACUGCAAUGGAUGUCAGUAUGCUGGCAAGGAGUAUCCCAAUGGGGCUGAUUUUCCACAUCCCACAAACAAAUGCAAGGAAUGUCACUGUAUUAAUGGAAACGUACAGUGCCUAUCCAAGAGAUGUCCCCCUUUGACUUGCAAUGACCCAUUCCUGGUACCUGGAGACUGUUGUCCUCAAUGCCCAGCUCCUCCGAGUGAAUGCCGGUACACCAGAAUUCUCUACAAACACAUGGAGCGUUUCUACGACCCCUCAGACGACUGCCGUUCCUGUAUGUGUAAUAACGGCACCAUCACGUGUCAGAGGAAGCCCUGUGCCCCCCUGCAAUGCUCGCACCCCAUUUUGCAGGAUUGUUGCCGUACCUGUGAUGGCUGCCUGUUUGGUGGAAAGGAGUAUGCAAACGGAGAGCAGUUUGCUGACGGUUCAGACAUCUGUAAUGUUUGUGUGUGCAGAGAGGGCAGUAUAUCAUGUGAGAAGAGACCCUGUCCUGUGCUAGAGUGCCCCUUCCCCACCCAGGGACGCUGUUGCAGAGCCUGUGAUGGGUGUAAUUACAUGGGGGAGGAGUAUCUGAAUGGUCAGGAGUUUCCUGGCCCCCUCGAUCCCUGCACUCGCUGCGAGUGUAUGAAUGGAUUUGUCAGCUGCUCAAGGAGGUCCUGUUACAACCCAGGUUGUAGCCAUCCCAUCAAUCUUCCUGGGCAAUGUUGUCCUGUCUGUGAAGGCUGUUAUUAUGGCGGUAUUGCUAUCAGCAAUGGACAGACGUUCACUGACCCUGCUGACACAUGCUCACAGUGUACCUGCCGGGUGGGCUCGGUGCAUUGUGUGAGGAAGCUGUGUCCCCCAGCUCCCUGCUCCCAUCCCAUUAGCGGACCCUGUGACUGUCCCCAGUGUGUCGGUUGUCAUUUCCAGGGUGAAGAUUAUGCGGAAGGAGCAACAUUCCCCGCUCCAAAAGGGAAAUGUGAGGAGUGUCGGUGCCAGAAGGGACAAGUGAUCUGUGACACCAAACAGUGCAGGAAAGUGUUGUGUCCCCACCCGAUGAUGAAUCUCUGUGGCUGCCCAGUGUGUAAUGGAUGUCGGUACGAAGAGAGAGAUUAUAAAAAUGGUGAAAAGUUCCCAGACCCGAGUGACAAAUGUAACCGCUGCACCUGUCUGAAUGGGAGAGUUACUUGCGAGCCUGUAUCCUGCCCAUCCGUCACUUGUCAGAAUCCAGUGACCCCUCGUGGCGAGUGCUGCCCGCAGUGUACUGGGAUCUGUAAUUACCUCGGGCAAGUGUACGAGAGCGGAGCCACUUUCAACUCCCCAUCCGACAAGUGUUCAAAGUGCUCCUGCCUGGCUGAGGUGGUGACCUGUUGGCAGACGCCAUGCUCCAAGCAGUGCACCCACCCAGUCGCCAGCACCGCCUGUUGUCCCGAGUGCAAUCGCUGUUCCUUUGAGGGCGUGGAAUACGAGAACCGAGAAACCUUCUUCCCUCCAUCCGACCCGUGUAAACGCUGCAGCUGCCUCGAUGGGAAUGUGUUGUGUUUGGAAGUCGUGUGUCCUCAGGUAACCUGUUCGGAGCCCAUUACCAAACCGAAGCAGUGCUGCCCAGAGUGCCCAGUCUGUAUCCAUCACGGCAAACAGUAUGCAGGAGGAUCACACUGGGUUUCAGCAGUAAACCCCUGCCACAAAUGUGUGUGUACGCAAGGUGAGGUGACCUGCCUGGAGCCAGAGUGCGAGGUCACGUGUCAAUAUCCUGCUCGGAUUCCCGGCCAGUGCUGUCCGAUUUGCCUCAACUGUUACUUUGAAGGGAAUAUUUACGGGAACGGAGAAUCAUUCAAACCCGAUCCCUGCAGAGACUGCUCCUGCAAUGGUGGCGAUGUGCUGUGUCUGCCUGUUGAGUGCCCAACACUUAGUUGUGGUCAACAGGUCAAGAACGCAGGAUCUUGCUGUCCACAGUGUCGAGGCUGUAUGUACAAUGGGAAGGAAUACCAAGAAGGAGGGACCUGGUUCGCACCCACAAUCCCCUGCAUGACGUGUAUGUGUGUGGAUGGAGUCACAACCUGUGCCGAAAUUCAUUGCAUCACUCCAUGUGUGAAUCAGAUCCAUGUGCCUGGAGAAUGCUGUCCUCUGUGUGCAGAUUGCAUCUACAAUAACCGUGUGUAUGGCCCAGGCGAGAGUUUCCAGCCUACCAAUGACCCCUGUGAGAUCUGCACCUGUGAGGUGAUGGUGGACGGAGAGCAGCAUCUGCGCUGUUAUCGCCAUCAAUGUCCCAGCCUGGUAGACUGCCCGAGAAAUCUGAUCCUGGCCCCGACACCAGGUCACUGUUGCCCCAGCUGUGCCCAGCCUCUGAGUAACUGUACUGCUGCCCUGGCUGGAAGUGAACUCCUCGCUACCAAUGAUCCCUGUUACACCUGCCAGUGCAAGGAUUUGACCUGGAUCUGUAUCCACCAGAGCUGCCCCUUGCUCAGCUGCCUGAUCUCUGACCAAUUCACUCCAGCAGGUUCUUGCUGCCCAAUUUGUGAUGAAUGUGUGAUCGAGGCUGAAAAUCGCCGUGUUUCUGAUGGAGAGACCUGGACUGACUCGAUCGAUGAAUGCAUCACAUGUUCCUGCAAUCUCGGACACAUUGAGUGCCACAUCGAGGAAUGUCUAUCUGUCAUCUGCCACGAUGGUCUAAUCAAAGUCCGAUCUCCAGGGAGAUGCUGCUAUGAGUGCCAAGAUCCCAGGAUUUCCUGCAGCUAUCAGGGACGCAUUUACCAAUCGAACCAGCACUGGGAAGUGGAUGAAUGCACCACCUGCACCUGUGUCUCUGGGGAGGUCCACUGUCAAACCGAACACUGCCCGCCGGUCACCUGCUCAUCGGAUGAGAGCCCUGUGUUGAUCCCAGGAAUGUGUUGCCCUCACUGCAUCCCCCGCCCUGCCACCUGUAUGGUAUUUGGAGAUCCUCACUACCUCACCUUCGAUGGAAAGAUGAUCCACUUUCAGGGAGCGUGCAGCUACAUUUUGGCAGAGGACUGCGAGGGUGGGGACUUUAGCAUCCAUGUGACCAACGAGAACCGAGGUCGGAGAGGAGUGUCAUGGACGAAAGAAGUGACGGUGCUGAUCGGAGAUCUGAUUGUCCAACUUCUCCAAGACUGGGUUGUCAUGGUAGACGAUCACAGUGUGUCUCUGCCUUUUCUCAAGGAGCCGUAUGUCUACAUCGAGAGGAGAACCAAUAGCAUCUUGCUCAACACUAACAUUGGUGUGAAGGUCCUGUGGAAUGGGAAAUCUCACUUAGAAGUGAGUCUGCCUGGAACAUAUAAAGGACAGGCAUGUGGCCUGUGUGGGAACUUCAACAACUACCCCCAGGAUGACAUGCGGAUCCGAAGCGGACAAAUUGUUACCUCUGAAGCAACGUUUGGCAACAGCUGGAAGGUGCGCAGUGAGAACGAGAGCAGGCCACACUGUGCAGACGGAGAAGAUAUCAACCCCUGUAAACAGGCAGGUUACCGAGCUCGCAAAGAGGCUAAUGCCAAGUGCAAGAUCCUGAAGUCCAAGGUCUUUGAGCGCUGUCAUGCAGUGGUGCCACCCGAGAUGUUCUUUGGUUCCUGUGUGUAUGACCUGUGUGCCUGCGGUUCAAAUAUCGAUGACUGCUUGUGCGAUGCUCUGGAGGCUUACGCAUCUCAGUGUCGAGAGGCUGCGCUUGUCCUGCACUGGCGAUCACCAACACUCUGUGCGGUUGGUUGCCCUUCUGAUCGUGGUUACGUGUUUGAUGAAUGCGGCCCUCCGUGUCCAAAGACCUGUUUUAACAAAGAUGUUCCCCUGGGAGUGAUUGACGCUCACUGCUUCAAGCCUUGUGUCCCAGGCUGUCAAUGUCCAGCUGGUCUAGUGGAACAUGAGUCUCACUGUAUAGCACCAGAGACCUGUCCCAAAAUCAUCUACGGGAACCUCUGAUUCAUACAGGCACAGACAGGCAUACACACAGUGUCAAACACUGCUAGUACACUUGUAGUCAGUGUUUUACUGUAUAAAGGUGAAUAGGAGGAAAAGCAGAAAAAGACAGGCCAAGCACACAUCCUGUAACAUUGGCCUAUACACUCAGAGAGCAAAACCAGCUAAAAGCAGAGAGAAUGUAACUCUUCAAAUAUAUGGAUUCAUGAAGAGCGAUGCGACUCUCUGUUCAUCUGGUGAUUGUAUCUGUCAUCUGGAGUGCUUCUGUUCAUUUUCUACCCUCAUUCAAGUCACCGUUUCUGAGCAUCAAGACUCGUUAUUUUUGUUCACUAUUAUGUAAUUUAGAUUUUCAAUAUUUUUUGCAAUUUUUAAGAUUGGGGAUCACAAUCCUGUGGCAAUAUCAAAUUAGGGAUAGUCUAAGAGAUUCAGUUUUCCUAUAAAAGUUGAGAAUGGAAACCUGAACUUGGUCACAUUUUUAAUCAGGCCAGACAUAUCCAGCACAGGUUAGAUACAGAGUAAUACUCUCCCUACAUUGUCACAUCAAGCACUACUCGGGCCGGGGCAGCGUGGGUUGGAUACAGAGUAAACCUCUCUACGCUGUCUCAUCAAACAUCCCAGAGCAGGAACAGCAUGAAUUGAACACACAUAGUAAAGCUCCCCAUAGCCCUGUGUCAAUUCCAAACUAAUCCCAUUGUCUCCCUCACUCACCAUAUCCCCGUUCAUAAAUUGUUGAUUCCACCAAUUCCCUUUCUUUUGCUAUAGAACAUGACAGAAUGAAAGAUUGCUAUGGAGGGGGCAUGAUCUCAACAUUCAUAGCAAUAGUGAAAGUUCCCUGUUAAUUCUGUGGGCCCUGUGGUUUUAGAGGAUUUUAGCUUCCUCAAGAAAUGCUGGAAUACUCCCAGCUCAAGUUCUUACUUAAAAGAGAGAAGCACCUGAAAUCAUAUGGACAAGGCCCGUGAAGGGAAAUUGAGAAGGAUGGAUACUGAGAGAAAGGGAAGAAUAACUCCCCUACAUUUCUUCAAAUAAUAUUGUGGAAACUACUACAUAAACUCAGACAGACAGAUGAGGCCUCAGUUUAAUGUCGCAACUGAAAAUCGACAGUGCAGUACUCUCUCGGUACUUCCCUGGGAGUGUCAGCCUGGAGUGGUGCUUGAACACAGGGCUUCUUACUCAGGCAAAACUGCUACCACUGAGCCACAUCUGACACUAUUAUGUGAUAUCCCUGAGCAUGUAGACAGAUGUAGUUUAUCAGUUGAUUGAGUAUCUUAACACAGGGUCUGUCCAUUACUAAAUGCAGUAGUUCACCUACAUUGGAAAGGUACGUCCAUGUUUAACCAUCAUGGAGAGAGAGUCUCCUGCGAUCUGGAGUUCAGAUUUUAAGAUGCAAAAUUUAUUUAAAGUUAUUCUUUACUCACAUAAUCACUGAGGAAUGUUAAUACCUAGUGUACACUCUGCAAUAAAACCACAUUUUUUAGUCA